AGGCUGCUUUGUUAAGACUAUUACUGCUCAUGAUGGAUGGUGUGAAGUCUGCGUUUAAACCGCAUGUCCACAGUGUUCGCUACAAAGGAUUCAGUUUGCAGCCGAUGGAUGAGGCCGAUAGGAAUAUUGAGGUCACAAUGACUGAUGUGGGCGAGGAUGAGGUUCAGUCAGGGGAACCUGCGAGCUUCAAGCCGGCUCCUCGCCGUCGGAACCAGCGAACAGUUUGCUUCCUGGUCAUAGGAACGCUGGGGAUCUUUGGUGUUGGUUGUCUGAUUGGGUAUUUGACUCAACCUAAGCCUAAACUGGCGCCUGUGCAAUGCGACAACAUACCCCAUGUGAAGACAACGUCCAGCAGCGUGCCAGCUCCAGCAGCUGAGCUGGACUGGAAGGACCUCAUAGACAUGCUGUCGGAUAAACUCUCUGCUCAGUCCUUCGACGAGACUCUGAAGGCCUUUGAACUUCCCCAGCGUUUAGCAGGCAGCGAGGAGGACAUGGAUGCCGCUAAUCAUAUCUUUGCAUUCAAACAGUUGGAGAUGGAGCCAUGGACUGAUGUCCACUACGUUCAGCUGCAGACACCAGACAGCAAUCAUCCAAACCGUGUUGUUUUUGGUUCAGACACCUUCCGGCCGGAAGGUUAUCUGUCUUACAGUCUUCAGGGAAACGUUGAGGGGAAGCUGGUGUACGGCAACUACGGUCGUCCGCAGGACCUGGAUGUUCUACAGAACAACAAGAUUGAGCUGAAGGGCUCUGUGCUGCUACUUCGAGUAGGAAGCAUCAGUUUUGCAGAGCAGGUGAAUAAUGCUGCAGCCAGAGGGGUCUCUGCUGUUCUCAUCUAUCCCGAUCCUCAAGACUACAACUACAAUUACAAUACUAAAACUGCACUGUACGGACAUGUCCAUCUGGGUUCUGGUGAUCCUUACACUCCUGGAUUUCCCUCCUUCAACCACACCCAGUUCCCCCCAACAAAGUCAUCUGGCUUACCCACUAUUCCAGCCCAAACCAUCACUGCUGACAUGGCGCAAACUCUUCUAUUGAAAAUCGGCGGCCCUGAAGCUCAGGCAAACAGCGGCUUUAAAGGCGGUAUCCGCUCGUUGCCUUACAACCUGGGAGGCAGCAUGAACAUCACUGUGGAGGUGAAUAAUGUUCUGGUCAGCAAGGAGAUCCAUAAUGUGUUUGGAGUCAUCAAAGGAUUCAAAGAUCCUGAUCGCUAUGUUGUGCUUGGGGCACAGAGGGAUGCAUGGGGUAGUGGUUACGCCAGAGCAACUGUCGGUACAUCUAUACUUGUAGAACUGGCCAAAGCAUUCUUUGACAUGGUGGAGAGAGGUGAGUUCAGGCCCAGGAGAAGUCUGGUGUUUGCAAGCUGGAGUGCUGGAGCGUACGGAAGUGUCGGUGCCACCGAGUGGCUGGAGGGUUACAUGACUUCUCUUGAUAAAAGAGUUUUCUCCUACAUCAGUCUGGAUGGAGUGCUGAUGGGCCGGGGAAGAUUUGUAGCAUCAGCAAGUCCACUGCUUUACAGCCUGAUUCAGAGAACAAUGAAAGAGGUAGCGAGUCCACUGAGUUCCGGUACCAUGUACGACAUGGUGGGAAGAAAUGAAUGGAAGCCCAGCAUGCCAAUGUCAUUGGAUGAUCCUGCUUAUCCUUUCCUUGCCUUCUCUGGAAUUCCGUCCAUCUCUUUCCGCUUUAUAUCUACAGAUACUGAGACAUACCCUUACUUUGGUACCAACCUGGACAACAAGGAUCACCUUGACUACAAAACCAACCACCGCACCACUAACAUGACUGUGUUGGCGGCGAGGUUUGCAGGUCAGAUGGCUCUGCGACUGUCCCACGACCACCGGGUCCCCCUGGAUGUGAGUCAGUACAACAGCGUCAUCCUCAGGGCUGUCAGCAAAGUCUACAGUCGCAUCAACCAGCUGUCCCAGUCUGGUGAAUUAAAGGACGUGUCUCCAGACUGGAUCAGUCGUGCACGAGGCUCCUUCCAAAGGGCUGCUGACAUCAUCAAAAACACCAUCGACAGCACCGACUUCACUGAUGACAAAGCCUGUCGGAUCUUCAAUGACAGGAUCGUGAUGGUGGAACGCACCCUGCUCUCUCCGUAUGUGUCCCCCGUUGAGACUCCUUUCCGUCACCUGCUGUGGGGUCGGGGCAACCACACACUGGCAGCCAUUGCCAAGACAACAGACAUGGGUCAUCUCUGCACCCAGCUCGCCCUGGCCACCUGGACCCUGCAGGAAUGUGCCAACGCCAUGGCCGGAGACAUCUGGGAACUUGACAACGAAAUCUAAAAGAAGGAUGAAAGCAAGAAGAAAAUUGACCGAGAGAUGGUGGAAAAAAAAUGACAGCACCACUAAGCACAUGAUGUCAAUCGGGUUCAAAUCCCACCCUUAAUAUGCACACUCAUAUUUAGUGUUUUUGGUUCACGCCCCCAAAAAGAUCUAAAGUGAAGUUGAGAAAUUUAUGAAGGACCUAAAAGAAAGCUACCAAAUUAGAGCACGUACCUCUGCAAAGGCCUAAAAUAAAGUCCUGAUCAGUUUUAGACCAAAUUGAAACAUUUCACUAUGAUCAGUUUAUAUAAAAAAAAAGUUGAUUCGUUUUGAGUCAUUCUACUAAUACAGCAGUCGUUACUGUGAAAUUAAAUACUGGCAAAUAUCUCAACUGCUGUUUCCUUCGUGACAGAAUGAAAUAUCUCUGUUAUUGUAACACUGAGAACCUUACUUGUAUAUUUUUGUUGAUGUUGUGAGUGGCAGUGCCCACUACAAAUAUUUAUUUAACUUAUCUCUUUUUAUACGACGUUAUCGGAAGCAGUGUCUUCCAUAAUUAUGACGGUUAUACUGUCUACGAAUCCUCUGGCAGAAUCUGCUACAGAAACGACUCGGCUACUGCGCUGCAAAAGUUGAAUUCGCCUUGUUUAUUCCUUAAUCACGCUAAGCAGUAGUCAAGCCUCUGAGUGCUCCACUCACCGCUAGCGCUUACUUUACAAAUCUGAAGAAGUUGAUCCAUGAACGUGAGCUUAACAGCCGUAUUGGAAGUACAGAAAUCCAUCAUAGGUUCACAGUUUCAAUGAAGCAAUGCUUGCAUUCUACUUUUUAAAAAUUCUCUGUUACGUUAGUGGAUUACAAUGUGAAACAAAACAGCUGAGGAUGCACGGCCAGAUCCAUAAACUUAAUUGACUUAAAUUAAUCAACAGCUAUUUUGAUUAUCAGUUAAUAGUUAUUUUUAAAUUCCAUAUUCUUUGAUUUCAGCUAGUUUGUUUAUUUCUAUAUGGCAGUCAACUCAACGCCUCUGGUUUGGAGGAUAAAUAAGACGUUCAACGGCAUCGUCUUGGGCUCUGGAAAACAUUAUUUUUCACCAUUUUAUGAAAACUAACGACUAAUCGAUUAAUUGAGGGAUCACUUUCUCUGUUCAUGAAUUUUGAAAAUAAUUUUGAAUUGCAGCCCUACUUGUGACCCAGUUGUUUCAGUUUUACAACCUAGCCACUGAUAAAAGAUCAGAAAAUAAUACUCUAUUUAUUUUCUGAUUUAGUCAGAUUUAGUUAGUCAGUUUGUGUAAACUGAUUUAGGACAAUUCUAUGGUAAUGGAAUUACAACAGCAGCAAAAUCUGGACAUAUGGCAUCUAACCACGACAGAUUAGCUCAGAUUGUAAUUCCAUUACCGUAGAAUUGCCCAUUAGUCAGUUUGUGUAAGGAAACACUGUUAGAGUACAUAUUCACUGUAUUUCACUGAACCUUCUACGUCACGCAUUUUCUUUUGUAGCUAAACUCGUACAAAAACUGUUCCACAGGAUUUGGGCGGUUCUGUGAACGCGUUAGUUAGGUUUUGAAACAUAACUGCUGUGAAACAAUCAAAAAAUUACAGUUUUCUUCUCUGAUUUAGUACAUUUGUAUGACAAAGGUUGGGCUGUCACAGACAACCACACCUGCUCCUAAUCCACCAUCCAGCAGGUGGCAGACACAUCUAUGAGAGAUUCUAAAAUUUGAACAAAGUGGCAUUUUGGAUUGAUCUGUAUAUCAAAUUUGAUGAGUUUAUCCUCAUUAUAAGCAUAUGUUAAUUUAGUGAGUUACAAAAUGAUACAUUUAUUGGUUUUUAGUCUUCGUGAUAAACUGUUGGGGAGGCACUUGUUAUGUCUGUCCAGUCAUCUAUUUGCUCACUGCUUUUUUUUUUUUUUCACGGAGCAAAUGCUGAGGCUUUCCUCAAUCCCGGAAAUACAAUAUAAUAAUGUGUUACUAACUACACUAUGCAAUUUUAAGGCUCAGAAAACUGUGGUUGGAGUUUUGGAGACAUGUUUUUCCUUUUUUAAACUGUCAAAUCUGUGUGGAGCACUCAGAGGUCUGAUUGCUAAUAAUAUUUUAAUAUGACUACGGUUGUAAAACAAAUGAAAAACCAAACAAACAAGCACUCAAAUGGGAAACCUAUUUUUCUGAUUGGUGUUGAAAUUAAUGAUUAAAAAAAAAAACCCAGAUAGGUAGAAUAACAAAAUGUAAGCAGUGAAGACUUUAUUGAAACCAAAAAUAGCAGCUGUAUAUUACAAUUGCACACUGUACUUUUCAGUCUUUUAUAUUUGUACUACUAGAAUUUACCGGAAGCAGUUUCUUCCACAAUGGUGACCAUUAUCGGGAGCAGGGUCUUCCAUAAUGAUGACCAUUAUCAAGAUUUUUCAGAAUUUAAGCGUUAUCGGGAGCAGGGUCUUCCAUAAUGACUAGGAGUAGGAUGUUUCGGGAUUGAGGCGUUAUUGGAAGCAGUGCCUUCCAUAAUUGAGGCGUUAUCGGGAGCAGUGCCUUCCAUAAUUGAGGCGUUAUCGGGAGCAGUGCCUUCCAUAAUUGAGGCGUUAUCGGGAGCAGUGCCUUCCAUAAUGGGCAGCUGUGAUGGUAAUUUUUGUCUACCAGUGUGUGCGAUUGUUUAUUUUUGCAUAUUUAUCGAGAGCAGUGUCUCUCAUAUUUCACUGGACAGGUGGAACAACUUAUCGGAGGCAGUGCUCUCCAGAGUUUUAUACUUGAGGUUUUUAUUUGUGUUGUUUGUGUUCUUUGGGUCGUGUCUUUAGCUGUAGCUGUUUUGACCUUUUUUUUUUCCCUUCCUCCCUCCCUCUGGUUUUGUUCAUUUCUUAGUUCCAUGCCUGCAUAAUUUGUGUGUUGUAAUAAUAAUCGUGACCGCAGUGAUCUUGUGAAGUCGGAUAUUUCUACUGUGGCAGUUCGGUUAUCGUUUGGAGCCUCUGUAAUGUGUCGCUCUCAUGAUGUCGCCACAGAUGAUUUAUCAUUUCCUGCUUUUUGAAUUUCACUCCUAAUGUCGCACUUUUUGGCAUGCAUUCCUGCACUCUGUUUUCUGCGUUAAUUCACUGAUUUGCAAAAAUGAAUUUCAAGUGUUCAAAUUGGGGAUUCCAUCCUUAUUUGUUUGGCGGCUGAUACAAACGUGUAUUUCCAUGUCUGAACUUGAGCCACUUUUGAAUCUGAUCAUUAGGUUUCAUCAUCUGUUUUCUCAUGUCUUUUUUUUUGUUGUUGUUUUGUCAAGGAUCCGAACAAAUAUCGAGAACAUAACAGCGAAAACAAUCUAAAGGUGCUCGCAGCUCUUCGUUGCUCCGUUAAAAAGCUGUUUUUGUUUUAAGCCUGAUUGAUUUACAAAAAGAUAUGUACGUAAAUUUACUACUAAAAAUAAGAAAGGUUUUUGCAAUUGUUUGUUCCUGUAUCUAUAUAAACAAAUUGAUUCCUGUUAAAAAUAAUUAUAACCCAUGUGAUAUUUUAAAUCUCCAGAGUCGACGUGAAAAUUCAGUAAGGUAUAUCUUAUAUAUUACAGUCCAGUUCUAAGGUGGAACUAUGCUGUAUACUAAGGUAUAUCUAAAUACCUAAAAAGGAAGAGUAAAAUAGAAGAGUAGAGUAGAGCCACUUAGGUACCUGGUCUUGAGAACCAGGGAUGGUAGGUUCAUUCAGGAUUCAUUCAAAAUGGGUUCUCUUCAACCAGUUCCUUGCGUUAUUAUGUGUGUCGUGUUGUCAGACCUGCUCUGUAUCAUUUGAAGUUGCACUUCUUUCCCCAUGUUCACUGAAACAUUUGAAUAAAUCUUUUGUCUUGACA